AUGUAUAGCUUGAUCAUUUACGAAGGCCCUUUCCAAAGAGAUGCUUUAGACACACAUAUGUCUUCGAGUGAUUCAUCAUUCUUACCAGAUGCGGAUCUUAGGAUGUUGAACAUUAUUUCGUGGUUUCAAAUUAACGGCUACGAUCAACAGCAUCCACCAAUUUUUGAUGGCUUCCGUGUGGGAAAUAGAUUCUAUCCUGCUGUUGGGGGCGUGAUUCCUGACCACAAGAUUCCAUCAGCGCAUGAAACGAUAUUCUUAAUAAGAACUGGAUUCUUUACCUCGAUGCGGCCAGCUAUUGGAUCGGUGCUGUUGAAUGUCAACACCGUAACCUCAGCCUUUUUCCCUCCAGAAAUACUAAGUACUUGGAUCAAAUUGCGUUGGGAACAAGAAAUUCCACCAGUCAAUGAACAAACUGACCUUAUAGGCUUGCGAGUCACUUUCAGUGGCGACGGCCCAAUUUCUAAAACUAGAGUCAUUCGUGAUGUCAAUAGUUUAAAUAUUAGUCAGGUCAAUUUCACGCCUAAAAACGCCGAUGGAACCCCGGGCCAGGUCACCUCUGUUUUUGACCACAUGAGAAACAGUAAGUUGACCCUUUUAGUGCAAUUCGGCCUCAGUAUCAAUAAUGAAUUUGAAGAGGUCGUUCCUAGAUACCUUCGUCAGCCCAUACUGGAAUUCAAGGGAGGUUCCCUGUUUGAAAUAUCCAUGCAACCAAUGAACAGAUCUUCCUGGAUGCUUAAAGAUAACGGUCGCAUCUUCAGGUUUGCCGAUACUGGAAACUCGAUUUCUAAUCUGCAUAUCAUUCGACUCGAUGUCCCCAAGAAAGCUCGAGCAGACCAAGUGACCAAGUUUGCUCGAGAUCUCCGAAGGAAAAUUGGAGACUAUGGUGUCGCGUUUACAGGCAAUGAAAUUAUCUUCGACGCCGCGUUUUCGCGAGAUAGGUCGAACUUUUGUGUUGGACUUAAUGCAGCCCUAGCAGCUUUACGUUCAAGAAAUGGUAACAGAUACCCAAGACUGCUUCUCGUAGUAGUCCCCGACAAGAACAUACGUACCUACGCAAAUAUAAAGUGGUGGGGUGACUGUGUCGCUGGUAUCCCGACAAUUUGCAUCACCAAGGGUGUGCUUACCAAGGGGAAGCAUACCAAUCGUGGAAUUCAAUCGGACAUUGGAGUUAUCUCUAAUAUCAGUCUCAAGAUAAAUUUCAAAUUAGGAGGCGUUAGUCAUUUCCUUAACGACGGGGCAGGUCAAAGAAUCCUCUGGGCUGGUGCGAAGGCAAACACGAUGAUCGUUGGAGCGGAUGUUUCGCAUGCUGGUAAAGGUAGGGAUGCCACGUGCCCUUCGAUGGCAGGGGUCGUAGCCACUUUUGAUCAGCAGUGCUCUAAAUACUCUGCAUCCGCUCGCCUCCAAGAGAACAACACCGAGUCAAUUGCCGACCUUGCGGAUAUGAUUGGAGAGCGUCUCGAUAGGUACUACGCUGUCAACAAUGUUUUGCCUGAACACAUUCUAUUCUAUCGCGACGGUGUCAGUGAAAGUCAAUACGGGAUGGUUGUGAUAGACGAGAUUCCUCGCAUCAAAGCUGGAUGCAGAGCGGCCGGUGCAAGGAAUGGGCAGGUACAAAAUUGGUGCCCAAAGAUCACUCUUCUCGUGGUUGGAAAGCGCCAUCACACCCGCUUCUUUCCCAAAGUAGCGAAAACUAAAAAGUUUGACAGCAAUCUUCCGUCCGGCUUGCUAAUUGAUUCAGGGGUCGUUACACCUAAUCAUUUCAGUUUUUAUCUUCAGAGCCAUGAUAGCGCACUUGGAUCAGCAAGGAGCGCCCAUUACAUUGUAAUCAUAAAUGAGAGUGAUUACACACCGGAAAUUAUUCAAGAAACGACGAACACUAUCUAUUUCACAGGCUCUAGAGCAUUCAAAGCCUUGUCAGUCUGCACGCCAGCCAAAUAUGCGGAUAUUUUAUGUGAUCGCAUGCGUUGCUAUAUGAAACCGGCUCUGGACAAUGAUUUUGCUGCCACUUCUCCAAAUACUUUGGAUUUCUAUCGAACGAACACCAAUAUUUGGGAUGCUCCUCGCCAGAGUAGGACUAAUCCUUGGCAUCCUGACCUUAACGAUCUAAUGUUUUAUCUUUGA